AUAAAAAAAAUGGGUUCCUCGUCGUCCGGAAAGAAGCACAAGAAGGACAAGAAGAACCGGCAUCGGUCGCGGUCGCCGGAGCGCCAAAGACGAACCACUGAGGACGAGGAUGUGACCCUGGACCUCACAGACGACUCCUCGUCGCGUCACAGACACCACAAGCACAAGAAGCACAAGGAGCACAAGGAGCACCGCCACAAGCACCACAAGCACAAGGAGCGCGAGCGGCCCAGCGAGGUCAUCUCCCUGGAGGAAUCGGACUCGGACAGUUCCGACUGCGUGGAGGUUCCCGUGCAGGAGCAGGCCAAGCAGGUGAGGGAGCGGGAUUCUGGACGCGAGCGUGAACUUCUAAGGGAAAAGGAACGUGAACGAGAGCGGGAACGUGAGCGGGAACGCGACAGGGAUCGGGAAAAGGAGCGCGAGAGGGAGCGGGAAAAGGAGCGGCUGCGGGUGCGGGAGGAACGCGAGCGGGAGCGGGAGAAGGAGCGGCUCAAGGAGCGCGAGAAGGAGCGCCUCAAGGAGCGUGAAAGGGAACGCGAAAGGGAAAGGGAACGAGAGCUCACCGCUCCUCCACCGCCCCAAAUCUCCAGGCAUGCCGAGUACGAUUCCCGGCGAGAGCGCGAGAUCGAAAGGGAGCGCGAGGCUCGCAAGAGAUCGGGCAGAGAGCGCGAACGGGAACGCCAGCGGGAGCGCUCCAGAUCCCAAUCCCCACAGGCGGGAUCACGCAAACCCUCCUCACGUUCCUUCUCGCCCAUACCCGAAAACGGAGCCGGCGAUGUACUCUCCAUCACGGAAACCAACAAGCUUCGCGCCAAGCUGGGCCUGAAGCCACUCGAAGUGGACAGUGGACCGAGCAAGGUGCCGCCGCCGGCAGCAGACAAAAGCCAGACCGAGGCGAAGAAAUCCUCUGGCGAGGCUGAUCUCUCCUCAUACAAGGAUGAGUGGGGCGAGUUCCUGCACAAGCCGGCGGACAAUCUAAAGGAGAAGAAGCAGGCGGAGAAGCUGCGCGAGAAGCUCAAGCAGCGCAAGGAGAAGCGUUUCCUGGAGGAGCGUCUGGCUCGCAUUAAAACGCUGGGCGAAUCGGACGAGGAAACGGAUAAUGUAGCCAAGUGGGUGGACAAGAACAAGCGAGUGGUCAACGAGCGUGAAGAAGCCAAGCGUAAGGCCAAAGAGCUAGAGGAACUGGAUGAGGCCUUUGGUGUUUCGGAGCUGCUCGAGCAGGAGAAAACCAAAGCCCGCCAGCGAGCCUAUGGCGAUGGCAAUCUGAAGGGUCUACGAGUCGAUCACGACAUGGAUGAUUUCGGUGAAGGACGCACCGUCAUCCUAACACUCAAGGAUCAAGAUGUGCUGAACGAGGAGGAGGGCGAUACUCUAGUCAAUGUCAACAUGGUCGACGAAGAGCGCUACAAGAAGAAUGUGGCCAACAAGAAGCAGAAUCCGCUCAGUUAUGGCUACAAUGUGUACGAGGAGCAGUACGACGAGCUGGGCAAUCCCAUCGAGCGUUCGGUGCUGGAGAAGUAUGAUGAUGAUAUCGACGGGCAGCCGAAAAAACGAAAGAAUUUCGUGAUUGGCGAGAAUAUGGAUGAGGAGCGGGAGCACAGGCGCAAGCUACUGGAGAUUAAAACCAAGUUGGCCGGAAAACGAUUGGAAACGCUGGAGGAUACCAAUCUGCAGCUGGCAUCGGACACAUACAGUACAGAGGAGUUGGCCAAGUUCAAGAAGCCAAAGAAAAAAGUCAAGAAGCUUCGCCAAAAACUAAAAGCCGAGGAUCUUGAGCCUUUGGUGGAGGCGGGAACGUCUGGAACCUCCAAUUUUGGUAGUCGCGGUGGACGUUAUCGCGAUCACGAGGAUGAAGAGAUGGAGAUUAAACCGGAAGUUAAGGUGGAAGCAGAGGAUGACGAUUUAGAACGCGUUUUAGCGAAGGCUCGCAAACUAAAACAAAAGGAGGGUAUCAUCAAGAAACCCCUGCCCGUCGACUUUGAGAGUAUUGAGCGGGAAAUCAAGCCUGAACCCGUGGAGGACACCAGUUCAGGUGUGGUGCUUACCGGAGUGGACGGCAAUAUCGUAUUGAAUGCCACAGCGGAGUUUUGCCGCACUUUGGGAGACAUUCCCACCUACGGUAUGGCCGGAAAUCGUAACGAGGACUCCAACGACAUGAUGGACUUUGAUAAGACCGAUCAGCCGGAGGAGCACAUGGACACGCAUAACGAUGAGCCUGCCCUGAGUCAUGGGACCUGGAAUUCGGUUAAUCCAGAUGAAGUCAUGCAGCCCGCGGAUUUGGAUAAUCUGGGAGAAGACCUGGAGGAUCGUGCCAUUCUAGACGAGGAGCCCGAUGUGGGAGCCGGUGUAGCGAAUGCUUUGCGGCUGGCUCUGUCGAAGGGAUACCUGGAAAAGGAGGAGAAGAACAGGCCUAGCAACACCAAAAUGGCCCAUCUUCAGGCCAAAAACUAUUCCAUUGAGGAUAAAGCAGCUGGUGAGGACGACAAGGUUGGGCGUCGUGAUCGCUUCCACUUUGGACCGAUUACAGACUUCAAGGACAAGGAGACCUUCAAGCCGAAUGUUAAGUUGGAUUAUAUCGAUGACAAUGGCCGCAUAUUGAACCUCAAAGAGGCUUUCCGCUACUUGUCACACAAGUUCCACGGCAAGGGACCGGGAAAGAAUAAGAUUGAAAAGCGUCUGAAGAAAAUGGAACAGGAUGGGUUAAUGAAAACCAUGAGUUCAACUGAUACACCACUGGGAACUCUGACCAUGUUGCAGCAGAAGCAAAAGGAGACCAAGACCGCUUACGUAGUGCUCAGUGGCAGCAAUAAAAACGCGCCCGGUGUCAGCGGCUCCUCAAUAGCCAAAUUCAAGUAA